UUGUCUAUGCCAAAUGCAGAUUCUAAGAUGGAUUAAGAGGAUUUUUGGGUGAGAAUUCCCUAAGGAAAAAAAUGGAGGGAAUACAAUGGGUGAAUGAGACAGCAAUCAAAACAUUUGGGAAAAGAUCAGAACCAGCUGAACAACAUAACACUAUACCAUGCUUCGAAAUGUCCUAGGAAAAACCUUUCGGUUUCUUGGGUAUACUGUGCAGUAUGGCUGCAUAGCACAUUGUGCCUUUGAGUACCUUGGAGGAAUUGUUGUGUGUUCUGGACCUUCAAUGGAACCAACCAUUCAAAAUUAUGAUAUUGUCUUUUCGGAGAACCUUAGCCGCCACUUUUAUUGCAUUCGAAAAGGAGACAUUGUAAUUGUGAAAAGCCCAAAUGACCCCAAAUCAAAUAUCUGUAAAAGAGUAAUUGGCUUGGAAGGGGAUAAAGUCUGCACAAGCAACCCUUCAGAUUUCCUAAAGAGUCACAGCUAUGUGCCUAAAGGACAUGUUUGGUUAGAAGGUGAUAAUCUCAGGAAUUCUACAGAUUCCAGGUGCUAUGGACCUGUUCCUUAUGGACUGAUAAGAGGACGCAUUUGGUUUAAGAUAUGGCCUCUGAAUGACUUCGGAUUUCUACGUGCAAGCCCCAAUGGCCAUAGAUUUCUGGAUGAUUAAAGGAUUUAAGUGACUACUGCCAGCUUUCCUAGUAUUUUCUACUAAAAUUAAUGAAACUGUUUUUGUUUAGAAUAAACACAAGUAUGACUUGAUAA